UGCAAAGUCUCCUGCACUGUACCGUAAUUGCAAGAGCACGCCUCACAACGUGUUUGAAUGAUUACUAAAGCCAUUACGGUAACUGCAGGCUGCGGAGCCUCUGUCCGACAGACCCGGAGUUGCACUGAAAGACACUGCGCCGAACAGCCAGGUUUUACAUGAGCAGUGUUGCGGAAUUAGCCUGACAUGACAUCACAACUGAGCAACAGAUCUAGGAACCAUAUCUCUGAGAUAGGUCUUGGAUGUUAUCCUUUCUUCUGAGCCGUGGACAACAUCCCAUCUAGCCAGGUCUGACGAGGCGGCUGUCUUUUAUUUGGCUUAGAGUGAUCUACAGACAGUUGUGAUUUCCACCCUGUGAGAUUCGGAGAGAGGACAGAGUUUUUCCCAGCUUGACUCAUCCUCCAGACCACCGAACCAGACUGACAGAGAGACCCCAUCCCUCCCCCUGCUGCUAGCAAGCACCAGCAUGGCAGACAGUCGGCAGCAAGAAGAUGGUGCCCCCCAAUGGGACCCAUCGGGUGGGCAGGAGCCCACUGGAGCCAAUGGCUUCUCUUCCUCCACCUUCAGGACUUGUCAGCAGCCUGGAGCGACCCACACACCUUACCCCACCAGGGAGAAUGGCUUCAAUGGCGAGCUAACUGGUGCUAAUGCUGUAACUGCAGAGCAAGUGUCAGCACGGAUCGUGCAGGAAGUGACGGCAGAGGCAGUAGCAGUAUUAAAGGGAGAGCAGGAGACUCAAAGGCUGCCAUCAGUUGAAGACACCACAAAUUUGCCUCCCUCUCCUCCCCCCUCACCUGCUGCAGAACACUUUGGUCCUCUGGAACAAGAAGAGACCAUGGAGGCUCUUACAGCCGAAUACGAGGAGGAGGUGGAAGAGGAGGAGGAUGAGGAGGAGGAGAGUGCAGAAGCAGCAGAGUCCGAGACGGCUCUUGAUGAGCAGCAGUGGAGCGGGGAAGAUCCCGAACUGGACAGCCCCCAAGCUGACUCCUUAGAGCAGGCAGAGGCCAUAGACGAGGCCCAGGAUCUAGACCUGGAGCCGGCUGAGGCAGCUAGUGCUGCUGCAGAGAUCUCUAUGGAGGAGGAAGCAGAGGGUGAGGAGAGCCCUGACACAGCAUCUCAGCCUCAUGCCGAUACGUCACAUACCAUGCCAUAUUUUCAUCCAUCCGUGACUUGGUGGAUUCCUGGCUUAAUAACUAUUCGACUUGCAGCAUGGCAAAACAUUACUGUACUGUAUGGUGGUCAGAACAGACAACUUACAGAUGUCAUUUCAGCUUUGAAGAUGGACUCGGACAAGCAGGGCAGUGAGAAAAGCGGUUCCAUGAGCCCAGACAGCAUUGGAUCAGAGAAACGUCCAGAGGAGUUCUAUGAGCCGCAGGUCCAAGGGUUCUUUGCUGGUGAACGAGUGGUCCCAGAGAGCCCCACCAUGGAUAUGCCAUCCUUUGUACCUCCUAAUGUCCAAAACCAAGCCAAAGAACCAGUCAGAUCACUAACGCUUCAGCCGACAUAUGGAGAGCCGAUCACAGUGUCAGAAAAACAGCCAUCAGUGGAGGUGGUAGAGCUCAGCAGCAUUGGUGCUCCCUCUGAUUUCUCUGCAAUUGGAGGCAAAGCUCAAGGAGCAGAACCAACGAGAGAUGCAAGAGACCGAUCUGGCAUGUCAGCGUAUUUUGAAACAUCAGCAAUGGAGGUUGACGAGGCUCCACAGAGUAAGGGUGAGGGUUAUUAUGAGCUGAGCAGAGCUGGUGAAGAGGAAGGUGAUUCCAAGCCUGAAACUAAAAAGAGUGCAGAAGACAGUAAAGUGUUUACCGUUCCGGAUAGGAGCAGUGACUGUAGGCUUUCUCCAGGUAAACUGGCCUUAGAGCAGAGAAGUUACUCAUUGAAUAUCACUAUUGGAGCAAUGGAUCAAAGUGGCCAAGGCAAACCUAGAAACUUUUCCCCACUAGCCACAGAUAUCAUGUCCUACACAAGUGGAAGUCUAGAUGAAUCAGCAGACUACCUUCCAGUCACUACACCAUCUGCAGAUAAAGCUCCGUCCUUCCCUCCCUUGAUUUUAGAGACUGCUGCCUCUGUCACUUCAGAUUCAUCAUCUCCUCCAAGAACCACAGAACAGGUUUCAAAAUCCAGCCCUGAACCAGAGUCACCAGAAUCACCACAGCCUCUUAAGAGUGCCUACAAAAAUGGCACAGUCAUGGCGCAAGACUUGCCUGAAAUGCUUGACCUUGCUGGUACGCGUUCCAGACUGGCUUCAGAAAAUACUGAACCAGAAAUCAUACGGAGAAAGUCUUUUCAGGCUGAUGUUCUUUCCUUUACCGAUGACCCAAUGGCUGGCCUAAUUUCAGGGGAACAGAGUCCUGGGGCCAGAAAGAGUGACAGCCAGCUGGAAGAGAUGGGCUACUGUGUCUUCAGUGAAUAUUCAGGGCCAAUGCCAUCCCCUGCAGAUGUGUUCAGCCCUACAGACACUUCUGCAAAAGUCUUCACCCCCUCUGUCCUGGAGGAGAAAGUGGCAGAGCAGGCUAGAAAAUUGGCAGUCAGAGACACGUCAAUGGAGGACAAGAAUCAGCCAUCAGGCGAUGAUAACACCACUGAAGAGAAAGACCAGAUGCAGGUGGAGAGAAAAGAUUCUGCUGAUGAACAAGCCACGAAGAUUGAGGAAGAUCAGCCAAACAAACUUGAAAGUGAGACCCCAGCUGUCCAGCUGAUUGAGGCCUUUAUAACUCCAACCGUUACUGUGACUCUAGAAGAAGGCGGGAGGACAUUGAGUGAGACUGAGAGACAAGCCAGUGGAGAAGGCUCAGCAGCAUCAGAAACUGAGAUUGCUGAUUAUGAGAGGCAGAUCCGUAAAUUGGAGAUGGAGGACAGGCCUCUCAGUAUGGAGGAAGAAAGAGAACUCCAGGAGCUCAGAGAGAAGGUGAAGUUGGUCCACCAGGAGGCGUAUGAGGAAGUGGAUGCUGAAGAUGUGUAUCAGCUGACUGGUGUGGCCAAGGACCGCAUCGCCAGGCCGGUCAAAACUUCACCUGCUUCGUCUGUGGAGAGUAACAUCGAUGACGACAAGCUACUCUCUCCGGUGCUCUCACCUUCCAAGCUCAAACAAAGAGAAGUGUAUGGUUCUCCAAAAAGAACAGCUUCACCUGUGCUAGGAGUAAGCAAGGAGGACAAAGAGAAAGAAGCAUUAGAGAAGAAACUGAAGGAAGAGAAAGAGCAGGCAGAGAGGAAAAUAAAAGAGGAGAAAGAAAAGCUAGAGAGGGAACUGAAAGAGAAAGAAGAGAAAGAAAAGCUAGAGAAGGAACUAAAAGAGAAAGAGGAGAAAGAAAAGAGGGAGCAGGAACUCAAAGAUGAGGAAGAAAUGGAGAAGGCUGCAGGGGCAGCUGUGGAGACUCGUGCUGCCAUCGAAUCUGUGGUGACAGUUGAAGACGACUUUAUCACUGUGGUUCAGACCAUCGACGAAGCAGAGGAACCAGGACACAGCGUUCGCUUCUCUGCUCCACCUGAGGCAGAUGCCCUCUGUGUCGCUGGAGAGAAAGAGGAUGAAGAGGAAGAGGAGGAGUCUGUUGAGUUUGCUCAAGAAGCAGACAUAGAAGCUGCCAGUCUAGAAGAGGUGGCCGAUGUUCCUGAGACCCCCGUCUCCCCUGAGAAGGAGGCUCAACCCAUAGAGACUGAAGGAGCAACAGAAAGCUACGACAGAGAUGAAACCACAAUCGACGACUCCAUCCUGGACAGCUCCUGGGUUGACACACAAGAUGAUAUGAGUAUGGCGACCGAACGUACUGAGCCUUUGCCCAAGAUGUCCAGCCCGGUUAAAAAGCCUGCUGUGGCUCAGGUCAAGCAGACACAACAGAAGAAGACAGAGAAAAUGGAAAAGCCAGUCAAACCAAAGGCCAAAGGAGGGCGGCCAAAAGGAAGAAUCUCCACACCAGAGCGCAAACCUGUCCGUAAAGAACCUGUCUAUAUCCCAAGAGAGGAUAUCAGAAAGAAAAAAGCAGUGAUAAGGAAGACCGAGUUUACCAAGAAAACAGAGACUCAGACUCAUUCCCCAUCAAAGAGGAGCACCAUGAAACCAUCCGUCCGCCAGACCCGACCCACCCAGCACCACUCCUGUCCCAGAAGGAGAACCACAGAGAUGCUACCAGACGGUCAUCGGCCCCUCAGUGUUGCCAGACAGUCUCGCGACAGAGCAUCGCGGGGCCUCACCAUGUCAUCAUUUCAGUGCCAUUCCCAUCGUUUGCCAGUAACAAAGAUCCCCACCUUCAUAUUCAGACCGGCUCCUCCAUUUGAUAGACCUCGACCAUCCUCUUCAGAGCCGUUAGGCUCCCCCAUAUUACAGAGAUUCAUAGUGAAGGAUGGUGGGUCAUGGAGUCCUGACAAGAGAUCCUCUCUGCCGCGGCACGCCUCCAUUCUGAGUCGUCGUGCGUACCAUGACCAUGAAGAGAGUUCAACCUCCAUCACUAGUUCUGGUUCAACAGCUCCUCGUAGACCAACAUCGUUUCGCUCAGAGAUGAGGGCAGAAUAUAGGACAGGGCGAGCCCCUAGUAUGACAGUCACAGAAACAGUGCGUUCUCGCUCUGCUCGCAGUGGACACUCCACACCCCGCACUCCUGGCUCCACGGCCAUCACCCCUGGCACCCCUCCCAGCUACUCAUCAUCCUCAAGAACCCCAGGGACCCCACGCUCCAUUAGUUUGAUGUCCCAUGAGAGGAAGGUGGCCGUGGUCCGGACCCCGCCCAAGUCGCCUGCAACGACACCGAAGCAGCUUCGCAUCAUCAACCAGCCACUGCCUGACUUCAAGAACAUCAAGUCCAAGAUUGGCUCCACAGAGAAUAUCAAGUACCAGCCCAAAGGAGGACAGAUUCAUAUUUUAAACAAGAAGCUGGACUUCAGUCAUGUUCUAUCAAAAUGCAGCUCCCAGGAUAAUCUGAAGCACAGCCCACGUGGAAGAAAUGUUCUCAUCCCCAGUGUUAAGCUGGACUAUAGCCAUGUUCAGUCUAGGUGUGGGUCCUUGGACAGGCGGGGCUACGCGGCGGGAGGUGGAAACGUGCAGAUUCAGAGCAAGAAGAUUGACCUGAGCCACGUGACCUCAAAGUGUGGUUCUCUAGACAACAUCCAUCACCGGCCAGGGGGCGGUCACGUGCGUAUAGAGAGUGUGAAGUUGGACUUCAAAGACAAAGCCAUGGCCAAGGUGGGUUCCCUGGAUAAUGCUCAUCACAUUCCUGGUGGAGGCCGCUUCAUGAUUGAGAGCCACAGGUUGGCAUUCCGCGACCACGCCAAGGCACGAGUAGACCACGGAGCCGAGAUCAUCAUCCAGUCUCCAGGCCUGUCCGGCACCAUCUCACCCCACCGCCACAGGGACAGCCACCUAUCUUCCUCGGGCAGUCUCAACAUAUUGGAUUCUCCGCAGCUAGCAACCCUGGCUGAGGAUGUCACUGCAGCUCUGGCCAAGCAGGGUUUGUGAACACUGGAUCUCUGGAUUCUUCCUCUGCAUCCUGGACACCCUCACCCUGAUCCAUUCAAACUCUCCUGCCCACUCCUGCCACCCUGAGGCCAUCCUCAGCUAAACCACAGCCUCUAAACAUCCUCACAUCAAGAUCUAUCAAACUAAGUAGAGACUUGAAUUAGGAGCAAACGUACUUUGAUCCUCUUUAUUUCCUACUUUAAAUCCAAAUGUGUGCUGUUUCUGAUUCAUUCUGUUGGCCUCUCUCUUUUUGAAUGAUGUUGCAUAGAAUAGUUCAUUCUGAGCGCUGGUCCUAGAUAAAGUGUUAUACACAAAGUGGCGGCCAGGUAUUGGCUUGACUGGUCCUGGACCAGUAAUCUGAAGAAGCUACAGCCUUUUUUUCUAUUUUGAACAAGGAGUAAUGCGGCCAGCACACCAUGCAGCACAUAUUGUUCUUGCUCCGUAAACGUGCAUGGACGCCAAACCCCUAAUGAACCAAGCAUCCUUACUGCAAUUCAUUCUUGUCAUCCAAUAUUUAAUAUAUUUAACUAAUAUAUAUAGAAAUAUGUACAAAAAAUUAAAGUACCUUGCCAUCUACAUGUCCUCAAAACAUUUUAAAAGGAAAUGACAGUAUGGCUAUAAAAUAUACUUGUAAAAUUGCAUUACUGCAAGAACUAGGUAAUGUUAUGACAAGCAUGUACUGACUCUAAUCUUAAAAGAGGCUAUUUUGUAAUCUAAGAAAGGAUUUUAGUAAGUUAUUUCCUCAACUAUUGGUUAAAGAUAAAACAAGUUCAUGUUUUGUAGUUAUUAGUUGUUUACAGUGUUAUGCUUGGUGACAAUGUCAGACAGCUGAAUUGGUGUUGCUAAGGAAUGCAUCUCAGUCCUGUUGAAGAGCCUCAUACACUUGUACCUGGUCAGUAGUUCAAUAUAGACGCAAAUAAAUGCAGGAGCUCAUUCCACAAACCUUUGUCUUAUAGGAAACAGCUUCAAGUAUCUUGUCUUUACAGCUACAGAUAUUCAGUUCACAUGAACAGUGUGGACCUUCUUCUGGGGAACACAGGCUGAUGUUGUACUCAUCGGGGACUGCCUGGUGUCUGGACAGAGGAGGACUCCACGAGUGGUACUUGAGAUUAACCAGAAGACACAGCUACUCUGAAAAUCUGUCCGUGUGUGUGCGUUUGGUGCCAGAUCCAAUGCUGUUUUACGACGUACGCUUCCGUACCUGGAUGUUUUGUUGCAAUGUGCGGGAGGAGAAAGUGGAAAAAAAGUAUUUUGAAAAUCCAUUAAAAAGACAAUUCAUGAAGAAAAACAAAACGGCCGAGGGAUCUCGGAUCCUGUUCAUCUCUUAGAAAAAAAAGUGUAUGGGUGAUCUAGUUUCUUUUUCAGACACCAUUUGUGGUAUAUUCUGCCUCCUGCCUACUUACUGCCCCAACCUGAGAUUGUUUGUUUGCUUCUGUGUUUUUUCUGCAUACCCCAUCUCUGUGUGCCCCCUCCCCACCUCCUGCUCUACCCUACAGCAACUGUAAAUGUAUUUAAAAGGUCAAGUAGAUGUACGCAGUUUUUCUCUUGUUGAUAUGACACCAAUUACAAUAAUUAAUGAAAAUAAAAUAAACAAAAAGUGA